CUUUUCUGGCUUAUUUAGAACGAUCUUCACCCGUUCGGUCAGGAUCUGUUUCCUACACUCACUCUCUUUACAUUCCAAGGCACUUGCGAAGAUGAUGAUGAUUCUAAACUGUCGCCUCUUGCUCCUCCUCUCUGCUGUUCUGUUGGGAUGUCACGAUCGGACCGUCACUGGUUUUUCGUUGGUGACUUCUCCCGCAACAACCCCCGUUGUCAGACAGCAUGAAAGCUUCCCCAGACGAACGAGAAACUUGGCAACACGGCUCCAGAUGGGAUUCUGGGAAAGACUGACAGGCAAAGACAAUCAAGAGGGAGACUUUAUAAACCUGAACGAUGCACAAGAUGCUCAAGAAUAUGGACCUGGACCGCUGGUCGUUCUGUACAACAUUCCGGAAGGAGUGCUCAACGAGGAGGUACAAGACAUGAUGGCUGACGGAGCGCCAUUGGCCAGUGGCAAAGGCAUUACGUUGUACCGUAUUCGUGUGGACGAUGAAGCAAGCAACCAGCAACGAGAUCCCGUGUUGUCCAUGGCCAUGAAGGAUGCCUUGGAAGGUAUUGCCGACGGAAAAUUGACCGAUCAAUACACACCUGCUGCUGCUCCCACAACCACAACAAACAAUAUUGUUGGAAUGCCUCCCAUUGUGCUAGCGCUCUUUAGUGGAUUUCGCAAUGAUGAAAUGUUGCAAGCCUAUCAAAUACUCGCCAGUGAAGUUUACCAAGAAGCCCAAAUAGAACCCGCAUGUGCCAAGGCUGUGCCAAAUGCCAUGGACAAGCCUUUGCAACAAGUUAUCGAGGAGAUAGGAGGUGACCACAGGGAGGCCAUGCUGAUGAUGCAGCAAGACCAACAAGAAACGGGCGAGAGCUAGCUAUAGAUACGGUAGGCUAGAUACCGCCAAGCCUGUUUGCAUAUUUGCACAAAUUUUAUGGCAUAUUAGCUAAAUUCAUUGUCCAUAGUUAGUUGUCCAAAGCUAGAAAUGAAAAA